AUGGAGAAGUAUAGGGAAAAGAAACAGGAUCUACACAUGGUGUUCAUUGAUCUUGAAAAGGCCUAUGACAGUGUGCCACGUAGACUGAUUUGGGAUAGUUUGGAGAUUAUCCUAGAUGAGUUGACAAAGUUAAUUCAGGAGGCUCUCCCGUGGUGCCUAAUUUUUGCAGAUGAUAUUGUGUUAGUUGCUAAUAGUAAACAAAGCCUGAAUGCGAGGUUAGAAGAGUGGCGAGCUACUUUAGAGGGCAGAGGUUUAAGGAUUAGUCGAUCUAAGACUGAGUACUUGUAUUGUGACUUUAGUGGAGUAGACAACGACGAGGACAUUCAGAUCACCAUUGACGGUCAAGUGGUUCCGCAUGUGACUAAGUUCAAGUAUCUAGGAUCGUUUGUUCAGAAGGAUAGGGAGAUAGAUAGUGACGUUGCCCACCGCAUCCAGGUUGGAUGA